AUGAGUGCUAGCAAGGUUUUAGUUCCAGAAUCCCAAGUCAAGAAGGCUAAGGCCCAACAAAAGACCGCUGAACAAGUUGCCGCUGAAAGAGUCGCUCGUAAGGCCGAAAAGAGAGCUGCCAUUUUGGAAAGAAAUGCUGCUUACCAAAAGGAAUACGAAACCGCUGAAAGAGCUGUUAUCGAUGCCAAGAGAGAGGCCAAGGCCAACUCCUCUUACUACGUUUCAGCUGAAGCCAAGUUGGUCUUCGUUGUUAGAAUCAAGGGUAUCAACAAGAUCCCACCAAAGCCAAGAAAGGUUUUACAAUUGUUGAGAUUGAACCAAAUCAACUCCGGUACCUUUGUCAAGGUCACCAAGGCUACUUCUGAAUUGUUGAAGUUGAUUGAACCAUACGUUGCUUACGGUUACCCAUCUUACUCUACUGUUAGACAAUUGGUCUACAAGAGAGGUUACGGUAAGAUCAACAAGCAAAGAAUUCCUUUGUCUGACAACUCUAUUGUCGAAGCUAACUUGGGUAAUUACGGUAUCCUAUCUGUUGACGAUUUGAUCCACGAAAUCGUUACUGUCGGUCCUCACUUCAAGCAAGCCAACAACUUCUUGUGGCCAUUCAAGUUGUCCAACCCAUCCGGUGGUUGGGGUGUUCCAAGAAAGUUCAAGCACUUCAUCCAAGGUGGUUCUUUCGGUAACCGUGAAGAAUUCAUCAACAAAUUGGUCAAGUCCAUGAACUAA